UAACCUCCUGGCGCGAAGUGUCACGUCGUGACGUCACAGCGUAGCAGUUGCAAACUCCAGUGGCAGCUGUGGUGGACAGUAAACUUCUGUGAGGUUUCGGUCGGUGUUUGCGGAACGGAUAUUGUAGUCUUUAUUUUCUAUUCGUUUGUUGCGAGGGGACCGGAGGGUUCCCCGUGCCGCGCACAGACGGAGGACACGGAGGGAAGGCAUGGCAAUGACUGAGCAGACCCCUUGUUUCCCCAUGAGUAACCACACGAAGGAGAGGGUCACUAUGACGAAGAUGACACUAGAAAAUUUCUACAGUAACCUCAUCACACAGCACGAGGAACGGGAACUCAGGCAGAGGAGACUAGAAAAAGUGAUGGAGGAAGAGGGCCUUCGGGAUGAAGAGAAAAAGAUGCGAAGGUCUGCACAUGCACGAAAAGAAACAGAGUUUCUUCGAUUGAAAAGGACACGACUAGGAUUAGAGGAUUUUGAGUCACUAAAAGUAAUAGGAAGGGGAGCUUUUGGAGAGGUCCGGUUGGUUCAGAAGAAAGACACUGGACAUGUGUAUGCAAUGAAAAUUUUACGUAAAUCGGAUAUGCUGGAGAAAGAACAGGUUGGCCAUAUCCGUGCGGAACGUGACAUUUUGGUAGAAGCAGACAGUUUGUGGGUGGUGAAAAUGUUUUAUAGUUUCCAGGACAAGCUCAACCUUUACCUGAUCAUGGAGUUCCUGCCUGGAGGUGAUAUGAUGACUUUAUUGAUGAAGAAAGAUACACUGACAGAGGAAGAAACUCAGUUUUACAUUGCUGAAACUGUACUGGCUAUUGAUUCAAUCCAUCAAUUGGGAUUCAUUCACAGGGAUAUCAAGCCAGAUAAUCUCUUACUUGAUAGCAAGACCAGAAGAGACAAAAAGGGACAUGUAAAACUGUCAGAUUUUGGACUGUGUACAGGACUAAAGAAAGCCCAUAGGACAGAUUUUUACAGGAACUUGAACCACAGUCUACCAAGUGAUUUCAAUUUUCAAAACAUGAAUUCCAAGAGGAAAGCAGAGACAUGGAAACGAAAUAGACGACAAUUGGCAUUUUCUACUGUUGGGACCCCAGACUAUAUAGCACCCGAAGUGUUCUUACAAACGGGCUAUAAUAAACUUUGUGAUUGGUGGUCACUUGGAGUCAUAAUGUACGAGAUGUUAAUUGGAUAUCCUCCAUUUUGUUCGGAGACCCCCCAAGAGACCUAUAAGAAAGUUAUGAACUGGAAAGAAACCCUGACAUUUCCUCCAGAGGUUCCAAUAUCAGAAAAAGCCAAGGACCUUAUCUUACGUUUCUGCUGUGACUGGGAGCAAAGAAUUGGUGCUUCAGGUGUAGAAGAUAUCAAAACAAAUUCUUUCUUUGAAGGUGUUGACUGGGAACAUAUUCGGGAAAGACCUGCUGCAAUACCUAUUGAAAUAAAAAGUAUUGACGACACUUCAAAUUUUGACGAAUUCCCAGACUCCGACAUUCUAAAGCCAUUAGGUGUUGCAAGCAACCAUCCUGAAACAGACUUCAAGAACAAGGAUUGGGUCUUUAUAAACUACACAUACAAGCGCUUUGAAGGACUAACAGCUAGAGGGGCUCUACCAACAUUUAUCAAACCAAGGAAAUAAUGAUUUCUAGACUGGGACAUUUGCUCACUUUUACCUUAAACCCCACCCUUCCCUUACUUGCCUUUACCGUGAAAUGUUGACAUGUGGGUGCUUUUAAACUUUUAAAUGCACCAGUAGAAAACUCGAGCUUCCAUAACUACAUAUUUGUAAAGCCUAUGUUCCUUGGAGAAUACUACAAAUGUUUCAUCAAGAAAGGAUUCAUCUUGUAGAACCUUCAUCCAUUAUUGGAACAUGGAACUUGGUCAUACAACUGCACUGUACCAUCUCAAGUCACUUUUACAGCAUUACAGAACACGUUUACUGUUUCAGUUUAUGCUUCUCAAUCCAAUAAUGGAACAGUUUGAUGACAAAGGAGGGGUCCAGCGGUACUCUUGAAAUUUGACCUAGUUUUCAAUAAAAGAAAAAAAGUAUACAGCUUUAAAAACCAUAUUUAGCACCAACAGCAUUAUGCACUUUCACAUUAAACUGCCUAUCUCAGCACCCAUUUCAGUCCACAUUCUUGCCAUUCCAAAAAGUCAAAUCCAGCCUAUUUAUUUAUGAUCUUUCCUAUGCUUAUUGUGGAGGACAGAUAUUCCUAAACUAUCAACAGGAAAAUAUUUGGUUGUUUAUUUUCUUACCUUUCUCGUUUUUUUUGUUUUGUUUUUUUCUUGAGGAUUUUCAUGUGCUAUAAAAUAGCAUAAAAGUGGACUCCAACCUUAUUUGUGUUAUUUUCACAGCAUUAAACUAAAUAUGCUUUGUAUAUAUGGUGCCUUACUCAUAAAAGGAUUUAUGUAUUUA